AAGAACGCUCUCGCUCUCGGGAUGAAAUUUUUGGACAAAAAUUUUUCGUAGGAGAACAAAAGUCCAUGUUAUGCAUUGGGCAGAACUCUUUCUCCAGCAUAAGUAACUGAUAAACAGUACAAGAACUUCUAGCUACGUUAUAGCUACUGGGACAAGUACAACUACAACUACAACAUCAAUUCAAUUUUUACAUACAUCAGAGAUCCAAAGAAUACAUCAGAAUGUACGAGUUCACUCUCGAGGUACGCACCAUACCAAAAGGUGUGCGCAGGCUCUGCGUGUACCGACGGUACUUUGGAGACGAAGAAGUUUCAUUAGAUCCAGAUCGCGAGAGUGGACAACUACAAGCGCAAGGACAACCACAACAAGGUCAACAUUAAGGGUUUCCGAAUUGCAUUCCUCACUACCCUCCCUGACUCUUUUCCUAGUAGAGAAGAGGCCUUGGCACCGUAAGGAAAGCAUCUGAAUGGCAACAACAUAAGACACUGCUAACGCAUGCUUUCUUUGCGCCCACCCCAGCUGGUGCGUCGAGCGCUUCUGUAAUUGUAGUUGUGCCUUAGAUGAAAAACUAUAAUCUGACUUUAACAUGGGUAGUUCACUCAAUCCAUCACUAGAGUAAUUCCCUAACCUCUAACAACAAGAUCACGACAGUCCUGGCGCUCUCAUUGUUUCUCCAUGGACCGUAGAGGAUCCUCCAGACAGAACCCCGUCUUCGAAAGCCUGGAGGUCUUGUGGCGGACGAGGUGACGACCCCAAUAUUGUACUAGAGGCGGGUAUGAACAGAAAAUCUGUUAUCAUUAUCAAGUUUCUUAAGCAGAAAAGUAUGAUAAUGAUAACAUAUUUUGGUUUCAUAGCGGGGAAUGUAAAGCACGAUGUCUGGGAAAUUCAGCUGUUUGGGGAUGAGGACACGACCCUUCCGCGGUACCACAUGAUGUUGCCGCUCGCGGUUUGUCGCGAUCUUUUUCGACAACAUAUCUGCGCGUGGGAGGGCUGGUUAUACUGCGCAGACUAUGGGACGGAGACGAUGACGCCGUACUAAUACUGGGACUUAAUAACUUGUCACAAUGAUCAUUUAUAAGGAACUUGCAGAUUUAUUGUGGAACAACAAGUUUCGAUCUACUUACCAUCUCGUGAAUGUAGCACGUUGCAGUCAGCCAACAUCUCGAUCUACAUCUCGUACUACUCUGUCAUAUUUUCUUCUGCAUAUUACCAUCCCACGACGGUACACUACUAGAAGUACUACCCUCUCCAUUUCUAACUUCCAGGUCCGAUGCAGGGCAUGUGAUGACACGGUAUAUCGCGAAUAACAUGGGCGUGCGUUUGGAAUUGAGGUUGACCUUAGUCGCGCAUCCUAUAGAGCUACCAACUGGUUUCUUCAUCGUUGAAGACUAUGUUCAACAACAACAACAACAACAAGAAAAUGCUGCGCCGCCGCCUGAGGAUGCAGAUUGUACGGCAACUACUGCACGAGGUGAGGAGCUCUUUUAUACACUGAAAUCCGCAAUGGAUGCAGCGAAAGAAGAGAAUCGGAACUAUACUUCAUUGAAAAAAGCACGUCAAGCAUUGAGAAAUCAAAACGCAGGUGCGGUGACAAGUAUUACAGGCGCGUAGCCGCGGAAAUACUUUAUGCGGGUGUCAAUCGUCAUUGUGCGUUCUAAGCAGAAUGGUUUCCUUCCAGGUGCUCAGCGCUCUAUUCAUUUUCAACGCAGUUACUUUUU